AUGGCGAAAAGUGUCCGCGCAAGCGUUUCUAAGCGCAACAGAGCCGCCCUCCGCAAGAAGGUGUUCGGCCCAGUCGUCGAUGCCCGCACCGAGCGUCUGGCUGCAAAGCUGCAAGAAAUCGCCUCUCAGCCUAAGCCUGAGGCUCCCGCGAAGGCCACUAUGGAUCUAGAGACUGACGAGACUGCCGGUCAAAACGAGAAGGCUGCUGCUGGCGACGAGGCCAUGGAUAUCGACAACAAGUCCUCCAAGACCUCCUCAAAGUCCGGGCGCAUUCAGAAGCAGCAUCGCAAUCGCCGUACCCGUCCCUCCAUCGUCUUCUCGAAGCCUGGAUCCAAGAACAAGAAGGGCGGCCCUAAGAAGAAAUAA